AUGGAGUCGUUGCCUCCAGAAGUCCUGCUUGCCAUCGCGGAGCACGUCCCGACAUCAAGCAAGAACGAUGAUAAGUUCACAUCCCAGUAUAAUCUAGGCGACCUUCGCUUGGUCAACAAGGCCUGGUCAGACGCAGCCUCGCCCGCAAUGUUCGCGACUAUCCCACUUUGGAUCGGAUCGAAGAGUCUACAGAAUUUGACAGCCAUUUCACAACAUGCUGCAUUCCCGAGGUCACUCAUCAUCGCUUUAGAAGCUCUUGAUGAGAUACGAACACAGCUCACAGCCCUACUUCUGGGAGCGCAGGAUAUUGUCCAGUGGAAUAGGAAGAUGACAUGCCCUCGGCGCCACUAUCUCAACUUUGAUAAUUCCGCUAUGCCUUCAUUUCAAAUGUUGGCUAAAACACUUGAGCGAAGCAUGCCUGCCUUGCGAGCUUGGUCAGCCCUUACAUAUCUUGAGGUACAUGUACCAUACCGCUCUCAUGGACAAUGGCCCAGACCCAACCCUCAGCACGAAGUCACCGUGCAACGAAGCCUCAAAACACUUUUUGAAGCACUCGUCAAUCUUGAAAUGUUCUCUCUGUCAGGAACGACGAAAGGAGACUCAUCAAUUGAUAUUGUGACUGAUUACAUCUCGUCGGAUUCUUUACUUGGAAUCCGCUCGCUAAAAUUGGGUCUGAUGUCUUUCAGAGAUAUAGCUGAGAUGACGACUUUUUUUGGACGUCGUUCUAAGCACAUAAUGUAUGUCGACCUUUACUAUAUAAGUCUACAUGAUCACAGUGAACACAAGGAACGUGUAUAUGACAACAUGAGGCAAGAAUAUGACUGGACGGCGUUGAAGGGAUUUUUCCUGGAAUCCUCUCCUGGUGAUCCCGACGCCGACCUAGCACCUUUCUUGCGUUCGGAGACGGACAGAAAGCCACCGUUACCCUUAUGGUUUUACAAGGUCUAG